CUCCGCCCUUCCUUCCUUAUCACUCACAAACUUUUUACUAUCUCUCUCUCUCUCUUUCUCUCACACCGUUUCUCCAUGAAAGCUUACAGCUUCAGCUUUUCUUCGAACCACUAAACUCUCUUAUAACUCUUUUAUCAUUAUUUUUAUAAUUCUUAUUAUUCUCCUACUUUUUUGAAUUUCAUAUUUCUCUGCUGGAAGCUAAUUAAGCUCUAUAAACUUGCUCCGGCUCUUCCUCUCACUCGCUUUCGUUUGGUUUUCGUUUAAUAAAAGAGAAAAAAAAUAAGCUCGAGUAAUGGCUCCCAAGAACAACCGUGGAAAGACAAAAGGAGACAAGAAGAAGAAGGAAGAGAAAGUUCUUCCGGUUAUCGUGGAUGUCAUUGUAAACCUUCCGGACGAAACGGAGGCUAUUUUGAAGGGCAUAUCUACGGACAGGAUCAUAGACGUUCGGCGGCUUUUAUCCGUUAACUUUGACACCUGCCACAUCACCAAUUAUUCUCUCUCCCAUGAGGUAAGAGGAUUGCGGUUAAAAGACACAGUGGAUGUUUCGGCGCUUAAACCGUGUGUUCUGACGUUAACGGAAGAGGAUUACAACGAGGGAACAGCAGUGGCGCACGUUAGACGCCUGCUUGACAUCGUCGCCUGCACUACUUGCUUUGGUCCGUCGCCGGAGAAAUCCGAUUCCGUGAAAAGCGCGCAGGUUAAAGGAGGUGGAAAGAAUUCCAAACAGACGGAAACGUCACCUCCGCCUUCUCCUGCGCCGAAAGAUGCGGUGGUUGAUGAAGCCGGAGAGACCAGCCAUUCUUUCCCUAAGCUUGGAAGUUUCUACGAGUUCUUCUCUCUCGCUCACCUCACUCCUCCUCUUCAAUAUAUACGUCUCGUGACGAAGCGGGAAUCCGAGGAUAUCGCAGCGGAUGAUCAUCUUCUCUCCAUUGAUGUGAAGCUUUGUAACGGGAAGCUCGUUCACAUUGAAGGUUGCAGAAAAGGGUUUUACAGCGUUGGGAAACAAAUAAUCAUAUGCCACAAUCUCGUUGAUUUGCUUAGACAAAUUAGUAGAGCCUUUGAUAAUGCUUACGGCGAACUUCUGAAAGCAUUUUCGGAGCGCAACAAGUUUGGGAAUCUUCCAUAUGGGUUUAGAGCAAACACCUGGCUCGUCCCGCCGACCGCGGCGCAGUCACCAGCAGCGUUUCCGCCUCUCCCUUCGGAGGAUGAGAGAUGGGGAGGGGACGGUGGUGGUCAAGGAAGAGACGGCAGCUACGAUUUGGUUCCAUGGGCUAACGAGUUUGCCUUUAUCGCCUCUAUGCCUUGCAAAACAGCAGAGGAGAGGCAAGUCAGAGACAGGAAAGUGUUUCUUCUUCACAACCUCUUUGUGGAUGUCGCCACUUUCAGAGCCAUCAAGGCUGUUGAGAAAGUAAUGGCUGAGCCAGCUCUGGCUGAAGGAGACUCUCAAGUUCUCUACUCCGAGACAGUCGGAGACUUGAGUGUUACGGUUACAAGAGAUACUUCGAUUGCAAGUAACAAAGUGGAUACCAAAAUCGAUGGGAUUCAGGCCACUGGUUUGGAUAAGAAUAAGCUGAUGCAACGGAACCUUCUCAAGGGACUUACCGCUGAUGAAAACACUGCUGCUCAUGAUGUGGCUACUUUAGGAACUAUAAGCCUUAAGUAUUGUGGUUACAUUUCUGUUGUGAAAAUAGACAAGGAGAGUGAAAAGUUAAGCCCACCUUCUCAGGUUGUUGACCUCCUUGAACAGCCUGAAGGUGGUGCUAAUGCUCUAAAUAUCAACAGUUUGAGAUUCCUUCUCCACAAAUCGUCUACUGAGCAGAACAAGAAAGCACAUCAGCAACAGGAGGAUGAGCUUACAUCUUCACGAGAGUUUGUGAGUAAAAUGCUUGAGGAAAGUCUUGUUAAGCUUGAGGAAGAGGAGAUAGACAGAGACAGUAUCAUGAGAUGGGAGCUUGGAGCUUGCUGGAUACAGCAUCUACAAGACCAAAAGAAUACGGAUAAGGACAAGAAACAAACCAGCGAAAAGUCUAAGAAUGAGUUGAAGGUUGAAGGGCUUGGGAAACCGCUCAAGUCCCUCAAUAGCAGCAAGAAGAAAACAGAUGCAAGCAGCCCUAAGACUGCAGUAUCGUCUCAGGUUGAUGCGGUUUCUUCAGAGGUUGAUAUUGCUGCAACAACUGCAUCUUUGCAAUCUGAUGCCGACAAGAAUGCUCAAGAGAAUGUUCUUGUCUUGAAGAAUUUGUUGUCUGAUGCAGCCUUCACUCGCCUUACAGACUCAGAUACUGGACUUCAUCACAAGUCUCUGCAAGAACUUGUCGACUUAGCACAGAAGUAUUACACUGAAGUCGCUAUACCGAAACUGGUUGCAGAUUUUGGUUCGUUGGAGCUCUCCCCAGUCGAUGGCCGGACUCUAACUGAUUUUAUGCACACAAGAGGUCUUCGGAUGCGCUCUUUAGGAUAUGUUGUGAAGCUGUCGGACAAGUUGUCACAUGUACAAUCUCUGUGUGUUCAUGAGAUGAUAGUGAGAGCCCUUAAGCAUAUCCUACAGGCGGUGAUUUCUGCUGUUGCUACUGACACUGACAAGUUAGCCGCAAAAGUAGCUGCUGCUUUGAACAUGAUGCUUGGGAUUCCUAAAAACGUAGCGGAAACACCACAAAACUCUUGGAAUGUUGGUAUUGAGUUGAUUCCAAGGGACUUUGACAUGGAUUCUCCAGAACCGUUCCGGAAAACAGAUGUGGUCAGUCUGGUCCCAGUGCAUAAGGCGACAAUAUAUCAACAAAAGGCUUUAGAUAUCAAUGAGAGGGAACUUGGACUUGAUCAUCCGGAUACAAUGAAGAGUUAUGGUGAUCUUGCUGUCUUCUAUUAUAGGCUUCAGCAUACAGAGCUGGCUCUCAAGUAUGUUAAGCGUGCGUUGUAUCUCUUACAUCUAACGUGCGGCCCAUCUCAUCCAAACACUGCUGCUACGUACAUCAAUGUAGCCAUGAUGGAGGAAGGUCUAGGGAAUGUACAUGUUGCCUUGAGGUAUCUUCACAAAGCUCUCAAGUGUAAUCAAAGGCUGCUUGGUCCCGACCAUAUCCAGACUGCUGCAAGCUACCAUGCCAUAGCAAUUGCGCUCUCGUUGAUGGAAGCAUACCAUUUAAGUGUUCAGCAUGAGCAAACAACCUUAAGAAUCCUACGAGCAAAGCUGGGGCCAGAUGAUUUGCGUACUCAGGAUGCUGCUGCUUGGCUAGAAUACUUUGAGUCAAAGGCUUUUGAACAACAAGAAGCUGCAAGAAAUGGUACUCCUAAGCCAGACGCGUCUAUAGCCAGCAAAGGCCACCUAAGUGUAUCCGAUCUACUCGACUAUAUCAACCCAAGUCACAACGCUAAAGGGAAACAGAGUGUGGCAGCAAAGAGGAAGAACUAUAUUAUGAAGCUAAAAGAAAAAUCAAACCAGAUCAAUGUUUCCGAACACUUAGCAGAAACUCAGAGAGAAAACCAAAAGGAAAUGUCUGAAGAGGAGGCAGAAGCAACUGGAUCAGAAGAAGGUCAAUCAAGCGAUGCGAAUCAGGAGGCAGUUCUUGCAGCAGUUGAAGAACCGCCUUCUCCUCCAGCCACUGAGGAGGCUAUGAUGGAUCCAAUCACAUCUGCUCAAGUUUCAGCUGAUACACAAUACCCUGAUGGCAGUGAAGAUGGAUGGCAACCGGUGCAAAGACCGAGAUCUGCUGGAUCAUACGGUCGCAGGCUGAAGCAAAGAAGAGCAUCCAUUGGGAAGGUAUACACAUAUCAGAAGAAGAACGUUGAAGCUGACAUCGAUAACCCUCUUUUCCAGAAUAAUGCUGCUGCUGCUGCUCAGCAGAACACCAAAUACUACAUUCUCAAGAAGAGGACAGCGUCAUAUGCAAACUAUGCAGAUCAUCAAUCUCCCGGUAAGGCCGGAACUCAAUUUGGCAGGAAGAUAGUUAAAACCUUGGCGUAUCGGGUUAAAUCUAUGCAGCCUUCUUCCGACAACAACAAGACUGGAGCUGAAACAUCAGAGGAAGAUGUGUUGAAGUCUGAUGCUUCUCCUGUUGUGCCAUCUGGUAAUGAGUCCUCCUACCACUCGAAAAGCUCUCUUGUGAGUCUUGGGAAAUCUCCAUCCUACAAGGAAGUAGCAUUGGCACCACCUGGUUCCAUUGCCAAGUAUCAAGUCUGGGCCCCACAACCCGAAGUUUCAGACAAGCAAGAGGAGAAUGACGUGGAGAAAACACCUGAACAGGGCACAUCGAUGGAGCUUACAAGGGAUGAUCAGCAGAUGAUCACAGAGGAAGAGGUUAUAAAAGAUGAUAUUUCUGCAGACACUGAUUCUAACAAAGAAGAGAUCAAAGUAGAGGAGUUGCAAGAAUCUGGUGAUGGAACUCAGGUGGAAGAACAAGUAGUCGAAGCUGAAUUGACAAACGACGGUGUAACAGAUAUGAUUCAUUCCACGACAGAGCAACAAGUGGCAGAGCAGUUAGUUGCUGACUCCGACGAUAUCAAGGAGAAAUUGGGAAUAUCUUCUGCUACAGACUCAAGCGAGGCCUCGCGAGGUUUAUUGUUAUUACCAAACAAGAAGCUAUCAGCUUCAGCUGCUCCAUUCAACCCAUCAUCACCACCAAGUAUAAUACGUCCUACUCCCAUAGGGAUGAACAUUGGACCGUCGUGGCCAGUGAACAUGACUCUCCAUCACGGGCCUCCUCCUCCUCCUUACCCUUCACCUCCUACAACACCGAACUUGAUGCAGCCAAUGUCCUUUGUGUACCCUCCUCCUUACACUCAAUCGGUCCCCACAAGUACUUAUCCUGUAACCAGCGGUCCUUUCCAUCCCAAUCAGUUCCCAUGGCAGCUCAACGUGUCGGAGUUUGUGCCAAGACCGGUUUGGCAUCCUCACAUGAUCGCUCCCGAGCCAAUCGCUGCGACUGUGCUAGAGCCAACCGUGAUUCUGCCAACUGAUAUUGACACGUCGGGUGUGGAAGAAGCAAAAGAAGAAGGCAAGCAAGAUACGGAUCAAGUUAUCGACUCUGUGAAUGCAGUGGCCAGCAGUGUAAUGGAGAAUGGAAAACCGAAAGUUGCGGACUGCGAGAAAACUUUCAGCAUUUUGCUAAGAGGAAGGAGGAACAGGAAACAAACACUGAGGAUGCCCAUCAGUUUGCUUAACCGGCCUUAUGAUUCUCAGCCCUUCAAGAUUGCUUAUAGCAGAGUCAUCAGAGACAGCGAGGCUCCAAAGUCCGCAGCUUGAAACGAUUCAGCCAUUUUCGAUGACAUUCAUAACUCACACAGAUCUCUCUCUCUUUCUCUCUGAUCCUUGCUGUUUCUUAGGAACAGUAUACAGGUAAUUUCGUUAUCAGUCAUCGGAAGCUGGGGCUUGUGAUGAUCUCAGAAUGAUUUGGAUUCUAACAGAAGAGAGAGGUUGCAGAGGGAAAAAAGCCAGAGCCAUUCUUUUUUUUUACCAUGUGAGGAGGUGAUGGAUGUAUUAUUUUUCUGGAUUUUUAUUUUUAAUCAGCCAAUAAAAAUUAGGAAAUUUUGGACAUAUUUUUUUUAGAUCCCAUUUUGUGGCCGCCAUGUUUCAAACUUUUGUUAUAUCUCUCUCCCAUAUUUACUUUUCAUUUGUUUACUUUCGUAUUUGUCAUCGAUUACAUCAAAUUCCAACGGCUCACUAUGAAAAUUUGAAAUGAU